CAGCCAACCCACGAUCAACCGGCACCAUGCCCACCGAAUUCAUCAGUCUCACUUUCCCCAAUCCCUCUACGGAGCUGAAACCCAUCCCCAAUGCUUCAAUUGACCCCGACUUCCUCGUGCGGUACGCCCGAUCGCUGGACGACUACGGGUUCAACUACACGCUGGUCCCCUACGACUCCUCGUACUUCGACCCCUUCACGACGGGCGCAACCAUCGCAGCAGUAACCAAGAACCUCAAGAUCAUCAUUGCUCUCCGUCCCAACACCCUGUACCCCACCGUCGCUGCCAAAGCGCUGGCGACGCUGGACCAACUCAGCCGAGGCCGGGCGGUGGUGCAUCUCAUCGCUGGCGGCAGCGACGCCGAUCAAGCGCGGGAGGGCGACUUCUUGAGCAAAGAGGAACGCUACGGCCGUCUGGAAGAUUACAUCCGCAUCCUGCGACGGGCGUGGGAGUCGGACGAGCCCUUCGACUGGGAAAGCCCCUACUACACGUUCAAGGGGUUCAGCAACCGGGUGCGGCCCGUGAACGGCACGAUUCCGGUGUCGGUGGGCGGCUCGUCCGACGAGGCCUACCGCAUCGGAGGCAGCCUGGCCGAUAUCUUUGGAUUAUGGGGAGAACCGCUGAAGGAGACGAAGGAGCAGAUCGAUCGCAUCUACGCCGAGACAGACAAGGCCGGCCGCGCGGAGACGGACCGCCCGCGGAUCUGGGUGACCUUCCGGCCCAUCACGGCGGAGACGGACGAGCUGGCCUGGGCCAAGGCGCACCGGACGCUGGAUCUGUUGACCUCGCACCGCCAGAACGGCUUCGGCCGCGUGGCCGCCGAUGCGCCGCCGCCGCAGAACGCGGGCUCGCAGCGGUUGCUGGAGAUCGCCAAGCGGGGGGACGUCCAGGACCGCGCGCUGUGGUAUCCCACCGUCACGGCCACGAAUGCGCGCGGCGCCUCCACCGCGCUGGUGGGCUCGCACCAGACCAUUGUCGACUCGCUGCUGGACUAUGUCAAGUUGGGCGCGGAGCUGAUCUCCAUCCGCGGGUAUGACAACUACAAUGAUGCCGUGGACUACGGCCGGUAUAUCCUGCCUCGCGUGCGGGAGGAGUUGGCCAAGGAGCAGGAUUAG